AGGGGGAGCGGACCCCGGUGUAAACUAGGGACUCCCCCUCUCCUCCCGGAACCGGAACCAAUUCCAACCCUGACAACUUUCCUUCUCAGCCAGGGAGCAGGCUAGCCAGAUCUCCUGUUACUACUAUAAAUCCCAUCAGGAAUCGCCAUAAGUCAAGAAGAGGGAAUUCUGAGAGAAAGAAGUGUUCCUUCACCCGACGUUCCCCUCCCUCCCUUUCUCCCCUUCUCCCCAUCUGUCACCACAAGAUGGCUUCUGACAGCCCCGAGUCGCUGAUGACACUGUGUACAGAUUAUUGUCUUCACAACUUGGAGGGGACUCUCUGCUAUCUGCUGGACAACGAGACCCUCCGGCUCCAUCCGGACAUUUUCCUGCCAAGUGAGAUCUGCGAUAGACUUGUCAAUGAGUAUGUGGAGCUGGUGAAUGCCAAUAGCAUCUUUGAACACAAUGAGAGCUUCUUCUCCCUAUUCUCUGAUCCACGGAGCACCAGGCUGGCAAGGAUCCAUUUACGGGAGGACAUUGUGCAGGAUCAGGAUCUGGAAGCCAUUCGAAAGCAGGACCUUGUGGAGCUCUUCUUAACGAGGUGCAAUAAGCUGACCGCCAAAAGCUUGCAGACGCUGGCAAGCUUCAGCCCCACUCUCGUCUCCCUCAGCCUCUUCGGCUGCUCCAACAUCUUCUAUGAGGAGGAGAACCCAGGUGGCUGCGAGGACGAUUUUAACCCUUCCCGCCAGGUCUUGGUCAAGGACUUCACCUUCGAAGGCUUCAGCCGCCUGCGCUUCCUCAACUUGGGCCGGAUGACCGCAGGGGUGAAGGUGGAGACUCUGCUUCGGCCGUUGGCCUCCCUCACGGCCCUGGACCUGUCUUACUUCCAGCUCAAUGACAUCCUUUUCCUGACUCAGUGGAAGGACAGCUUGGCUUCUUUAGUGCUUUACAACAUGGACCUUUGUGAGGAACAUAUUCAAGCGAUAGCUCAGCUACGCAAGCUCAGGCAUUUGGACAUAUCCCGAGACCGUCUGUCUAAUUACUACAAAUUCAAAUUGACCCGCAAAGUUCUGAACCUCUUCGUGGAGAACCUGGUGAACCUGACCUCACUGGACAUCUCGGGCCAUACCAUGCUGGAGAACUGCACUACCUCAAGCAUGGAGGAGAAAGUGGGCCAGACAAGCACCAAUCCAGGGAAGAGCAGCAUUGCUCCCUUCCGGAAUCUGAAGCGGCCACUCCAGUUCCUGGGCCUCUUCGAGACCUCUCUUUGCCGCCUCUCAUACAUCCCUGCUUACAAGGUGACUGGGGAUAAGAACGAAGAGCAAGUGCUUAAUGCCAUUGAAGCAUACACUGAACACAGGCCUGAAAUCACAUCGCGAGCCAUCAACCUCCUCUUUGACAUUGCCCGCAUUGAGCGCUGCAACCAGCUACUGAGAGCCCUCAAGCUGGUGAUUACCGCGCUCAAAUGUCACAAAGAUGAUAAAAACAUCCAGGUGACGGGGAGCGCUGCCCUCUUCUACCUCACCAAUUCAGAAUACCGUAUGGAGCAGAGCAUCAAAUUACGACAGCAGGUUAUCCAGGUGGUGCUGAACGGCAUGGAGGCGUACCAGGAAGUGACGGUGCAACGGAACUGCUGCCUGACCCUGUGCAACUUCAGCAUCCCCGAGGAGCUGGAAUUCCAGUACCGUCGGGUCAACGAGCUGCUCCUGAACAUCCUCAACCCCACACGGCAGGAUGAGUCCAUCCAGCGUAUUGCCGUGCAUCUCUGCAACGCCCUGGUGUGCCAGGUGGACAAUGACCACAAGGAAGCUGUUGGCAAGAUGGGUUUUGUCAUGACGAUGCUGAAGCUGAUUCAAAAGAAGUUGGUGGAUAAAACGUGUGAUCAGGUGAUGGAGUUCUCCUGGAGCGCCUUGUGGAACAUCACCGAUGAGACCCCCGACAACUGCGAAAUGUUCCUUAACUACAGUGGCAUGAAGCUAUUCCUGGAGUGCUUGAAGGAGUUCCCUAACAAACAGGAGCUGCACCGCAACAUGUUGGGCCUUCUGGGGAACGUGGCGGAGGUUCAAGAACUCCGCCCCCAGCUGAUGACCUCACAAUUCAUCAGUGUGUUCAGCAACCUGUUGGACAGUGAAGCUGACGGGAUCGAGGUAUCCUACAAUGCGUGCGGGGUCCUCUCCCAUAUCAUGUUUGAUGGGCCAGAUGCCUGGAUGAUUCCUGAGCCACGCAGAGAGGAAGUUGUGGACAGGAUGUGGGCAGCUAUUCAGCGCUGGGACGUUAAUUCCAGAAGAAACAUCAAUUACAGGUCCUUUGAGCCAAUUCUGCGACUCAUUCCCCAAGGCAUCUCUCCAGUGAGCCAGCACUGGGCAACGUGGGCACUCUACAACCUCGUUUCCGUCUACCCAGACAAAUACUGCCCCCUGCUGAUCAAAGAAGGGGGGCUCCUCCUUCUACGAGACAUGAUUAAAAUGGCUUCAGCGCGACCAGAAACGAAGGAAAUGGGAAGAAAAGUCAUAGAACACUGCAGUAACUUUAUGGAUGAGAACAUGGACACGUCGAGAUAGAGGUGACUGAGGUGGCCGCCUCUUGCCGGCGCUGGAUCCAACAUCUCUCCAAUUCACUGUACAUAGGUUGGACUUUCUCACCAGCUUAGCUGUUGGAAGGAGCCUUUAUGAAUAUUUGUUUGGGGAUGUGUGUGUGUGCACGUGUGUGUGUAUGUACAAAGACUGUCAGCAAAUGGAAAUGUACACAAGCAGCGGUGGCUGGGAGAACAUAUUGCACAACAGAAUGAGUCUCUAUAAAUAGUGGUGGGUUUUUUUCCUCCUUUUGUUUAAAAAGUACAGAUUGGAAUUUGUGUGUGUGUGUGUGUAUGAUUUCUGUAUAAAAAAAGCAAUGGUGACAUCACAUUACCUGUUGACCUUUUCUAGAGCACAUGAAAAGCACCCUGUGGGCAUAAGCGCAAAGAUCUAGCUCUAAGAUGGAUAGCUUUUGCCUCCUUUCUUUUUAAAAGCUUGGUUAAUGUCUAGAUUAUUGCCCUCCCGUUUCUGUUGCCUGAGGUCUGGUGACUCCCACAAAAGAGCAAACGAUUCAGAAUCCCUGUGGCUGGAUCACGUCGACAGGGAGGGGUACGGAAAGGCAAGCAGAGGCUGGUACCUGUAACGUUGCAGCCAGGGGGCUCCGUUAGUACUUCCCAGCUCACUCUUCAUGCAGCAAGAGAAAUAUGACAACAAAUACUCUACAGUGUAUAAAACAAUUAAUAUGACACAAUAGACGUUUAGAUUUUGACUGACCGUCUAAUAAAGCAAUAAAUACAAUUUACAAAACUUAAUAAUAAAUAUAUAUGUCAACACUUAGCUCUAAUCAUUCCACCAUGUAAUUUCAAUACAUAAUAGACAGUCUUAGAAUUUAAAGAAACACUGCUCAGUGAAAAAAGUCUUUUAAAGACUGUAAAACAAGACGUGCUGUCAGACAAGGUUUACAGUUAGUAAAUAUCAAAAGAACUCCACAAGGUCAAAGCUGCAUGUGUACAGUUCUUGUUGGCUGUAAAGGAAGCGCUGAAGAAAAGGCUUGCAGCUUGUAUGUGCUAAUGAGUCUUGACUAAUGAGAUUUCCAGGUAGAGUCGGUCCCGUUUCAUAUCCUUCAUCAGAGUAUAACUUAUAUAAGCAAAUAGCUUAUUGUGGAGCCCAUUUCAUUAGGCAUUCAAUGUUCCCACGUCCUAGUAAAUGAGCCAGCAAACGUUCAAAACUCGCUCGGGACAAAAUGAGCCAGCAAGAACUAUACACACGGAGCUUUGACCUUAAGGCUUUUUUUGUUUAACACAUUGUAAAUCAUGUAUUGAAAUUACAUCAUCAUUAAAGCUCGAUGCUGAUAUAUAUAUUAUUAGGUUUUGUAAAUUGUGUUUAUUGCUUUAUUAGUCACUCAAAAUAUAAACUUCUAUUAAAAUACAGCAAAGUAUUAUACUAAUUGUUUUAUACACAGUAGAGUUGUUGUUUUGUCCCUGGAUGUUGUGUUGCCUUAUAGUACAAGAGAAAUACAGGCAAGUUAGAUCCCUCUGAAGAUGUGUUUUGGAUUUUUCAAAUUGAAUCCUCUUCCUCCCCUUAUCUCUAAAGCGAGCGCACGGAGCCAUCAUGUUUUAAAAACAAGCAUUGAGAGCCUUUUACAAGGUUGCUUUCUGUGUUGUAAGCUACCGAGUGUGAAGUCUCUUUCUUUUCUUGAAUUGUUAUUUCCUAGACCUCUGCAUAAGAUAGCAAAAGGACCCCUGGCUAUCAGAACGGCAGUGAAACAAGGGAGAGGUUUAAGCAUACUUGGGAUGCAGGAAAAUAAUAGUUCGGACAUUUGAAACAAACAAAAAUGAUUAUGUCGGUGAGGACUGAGCAUGUUCAAGGUGUUGAGGGUAGGUAGAUAUCGGGGCGGGGGGAAGCAAAACAGAAGAAGGAGGGGCAGUAGAUCUGCUCUGGCCCCGAAUGGCUGAUAAUAUAGAGGAGAGCAGAGGCAUUCAUUUCCCCCUCCCAAAUUCUUUCCUGCCCAACUCUGUGCUGCUCAGAUCUGAGGCUCAAUGAGCCACUUCCUAGCCUAGCCAUCCUGUAGCCCUGGACCUCAGCAGGCAGAGCUGCAGGGCAGUUGUGCUUUAGCACUGAACAGCUGAGGAGGAGGGGAAACUGCUCAUCUGGUCUCCAAGCUCGGCUAUGUUACACAAUAAGGUUAGGGGAAAUCUCCCAUGGUUUGUUCUAGCCCACCCCCCAAACCGAUACCUAGGCAAAAGUCAGUUCCCGGGAUCCCUUUGCACUUAAGUGUAACCAAGAAACAGAAACUAAAUUUAGAUUGUGCAAAUGAUAUAAAGCACCGUUGCAGGAAUGGGGGAGGGGAUCUGGCUUCUGUCUCACACACUGGGGGAUUUGGCUUGUAACAAGGGGAACUCUACCAGGAGUAUCUUAGUUGCACCUUGCAGGACUUCCUUCAUUCUCCGCCCCCUUUGUAUAUCUCCACCCCUAGUCUAGAAUGACCAUUUUGCUAGCAUUUGGAAAGCAUGCCCAAGAAGGGCAAUUGGUAGCUUGAAGUUCACGUAAUGCUGGGUUUUUUUUGGAACAAUUCUGCUUCCUCUCUACCAGAGGUAAGUGAAUCCUCAUUAGCACAUAAGACCUCAUCCGUCUGUUUCUUGCCUCUUCUCUGCCUCCUUGCAGGGAAGAUCUCCUCUCUAAGAGGACAGUGCAACUCUGCAACCUGUGCUUAGUGAAUUCAGAACACAGUUAGUGCCCUUUCUGAUUCACAAACCAGCCGCAAACCCUAGUUUGAUGUCAGCCAACCAUCUCUGGUUUGUUCAGCCAUCUGCAGUCAGAUGUCACAGUUAAGCGGGAAUUGGUUAAACCUCAGAUGGUAGCUCCUGUUUCUCCUGAUGCCUGCCUUAGUGAAUAGGACAUUAAAGAGAGGAAAAGCCCCCAAGUUUCUCUUGUUGACCUACCCGAGGGCUGCCAGAAAAGACUUGUGGCAAUCUCCUCUCUUCCAGCCAUCAAGCCAGUUUGGCGUAGUGGAUAAGAAUGUGAGACUCUAAUCUGGAGAACCGGGUUCGAUUCCCCACACUUCCACUUGAAGCCAGCUGGGUGACCUUAAUAAUAAUAAUAAUAGUAAUAGUAAUAGUAAUAAUAGUAAAAAUAAAAAUAACGUUUGAUUUAUAUACCACCCUUCAGGACAACUUAAUGCCCACUCAGAGUGGUUUACAGAGCAGUUGAGUCAGUCACAGCUCUCUCGGAGGUCUCUCAACCUCACCCACCUCACAGGGUGAUUAUUGUUGUGGGGAUAAUAAUGACAUACUUUGUAAACCUCUCUGAGUGGGUGUUAAGUUGUCCUGAAGGGUGGUAUAUAAAUUGAAUGUUAUUAUU